AAAAGCUCCCGCACGUUUACAGUCGGAACUUAACAGUGUGACAUUUAGCGGAAGUAAACCACACACUCUUGUAGCUUUAGCUUCAUUAGAGGUAAUGUGUUAUUGUAGCCGUAUUGCAGCCGUAUUGUAGAUAAUUAUUUCAGUCUCAAUUAAGCAGCAAUGCCUUCGGUUGAGUGUAUGAGGCAGUUCGUCAACGAGCGACUAACCGCUGCUGCUGAAGAAAUAUUCCGAGUUUUUGAGAAAACCGUUGUGGAGUACGAGGAGGAGCUCGAGCGCCAGCGCAGACUGUUGAGUAACGUUAUCGCUUGGAAUCCCAAAAUAAAGUUACACAUCAUAGGUGUGUAUCAGACUCUGAAGUUGAGUACCAAUGAAACUCAGUGUGUGGUGGAGGAAACGUGUCUAAACCACAUUCCAGUUAACAAGUCCGUAGUAUCGGAACCAAACACUGACCACCUGCUCUUCUCUCAUGAAACUGAGAGCCAAGAUCAAAAAAUAGCCGAGCGUGGAGACUCUGGAUCUAUCAGAAAGGCAGAGCGAGAAACAAACAAGAGACAUCACAAAAGCAGAAGUCAAAUUAACAUAGUCAACAACCCUAGCUUGUCAGAGAUUCACCUUGAUACUCACACAGGUAAAGAGAUGUAUAACGAUAUAAGAAUCCACACAGAUGAGAAGCAACAUUCUUGCCAAACAUGUGGGAGAAGUUUCAGUCGGAUAUCAUCGUUGAAAUAUCAUUUAAUAACCCACACAGGUGAGAAGCCAUAUUCUUGCAAAACAUGUGGAAAAAACUACGCUCAAAUAUCAUCAUUGAAGUAUCAUAUAAGAACCCAUACAGGUGAGAAGCCAUAUUCUUGCAAAACAUGUGGAAAAGCUUUCAAAUGUAAUACUAUUCUGAAAGUCCACAUUAGAACCCACACAGGUGAGAAGCCUUAUACUUGUAACACAUGCGGGAAUAGAUUCUGUGACCUGUCGGCAUUGAUAAGACACAUGAGAAUCCACACAGGUGAGAAGCCGUAUACUUGUAAUACGUGUGGGAAAGAUUUUAGUCGUAGCGAUGAUUUGAAAGUCCACAUGAGAAUCCACACAGGUGAAAAGCCGUAUACUUGUAAAACGUGUGGGAAGAAUUUCAGACGUAGCAAUGAAGUGAUGGUCCAUAUGAGAAAAGCCCACACUGGUGAGAAGACCCAUCUUUUUUAAAGGCCUAAAAGAGUGCAGGCGGACAAGUCAUUUUCUAUUUGAAUCCACACAAAUGAGGAACCACGUGCAGCACUUGUGGAAAAAGUUUUUCUCAAAAUCACGUGCUUG